UUCUAUUUCACCAUAUGUAAGGAAAUUGGGCUAUAAAUACCCAGAAUUAUUCCUCUUCAGCCUCAUUCAAUAACCAUGAUUCCUAUUAGAAUGAACUUCAGCACUGUAAGAACAUUUUUAGCACUAGUAAACACUUUCUCAUCUUUAAACACAUAAAAAAAUAACAUAGCAAUUCAACAGUUGCUGCCUCACUGGUACAGUAAUGCAAAUUUCUCCCCAAUUGUGGACAGAUUUUAAAAUUUGGAAUCACCUAAGGCGAAAACGGUUACACUGAAACAAUUUAAAACUUGCUAAUUUUUCAAUAGUAAGUUAUGAGCGAGGACAAAGAGUCUUUAAGCUCAUUUGUUGAUAAACAGAACAAGGAUAAUGAGUUCGAUAAGAUCAUUGGCAGGAAUGUCCUGGUGGCCCCAAGUGAGGAACAGUUCGAGCUGCUGCUCAAAAGGCUCAAGCAACAACUGGGAGAAGGCAGGGGUGAAGUCAUACUAGAGGUGGGAUUGUCAGAGGAUGGAAGUGACAAUGGUUUAUUAAAUGAUGAAUUGGAGGCAGCUGUUGCAACUUUACAGUCAUUGGCUAAUACUUUAAAUUGUAGCUGUGUCAAAUUACGAGAACGCAAGGAUGUGAGGGGAACAAUUGCGCAAUAUUUGAUCAGAAGAGUAUUGGAUCAAAGUGAUUUCCUGGAGAUAAGAGUGGCGGUGGUUGGUAACGUGGACGCGGGAAAAUCAACUUUAUUAGGUGUUUUAACGCACGGAGACUUGGACAAUGGCAGAGGCCACGCACGUCAAAAACUAUUCCGCCACAAGCACGAGAUGGAAUCAGGCCGUACGAGCUCCGUGGGCAACGACAUUCUGGGUUUCGACGGCGAGGGCAACGUCGUCAAUAAGCCGGAGCACGGCUCGUUAGAUUGGGUCAAAAUUUGCGAGAGGAGCUCUAAAGUGAUCACGUUCAUCGAUCUGGCAGGUCACGAAAGGUACCUGAAGACGACCGUGUUCGGAAUGACAGGUCACGCGCCAGAUUUUGGUAUGCUGAUGGUCGGGGCGAAUGCCGGGAUCAUCGGUAUGACCAAAGAGCACUUGGGUUUGGCGUUGGCGCUGUCGGUGCCAGUGUUCGUGGUCGUCACCAAAAUCGAUAUGUGUCCGUUCAACGUCCUGCAGGAUAAUUUGAGGAUGUUGAUUAGGAUUUUAAAGAGUCCCGGAUGUCGUAAGGUGCCAGUUAUGGUCAAGAGUGCCGAUGAUGUGGUGUUGAGCGCCACUAAUUUCGUAUCAGAGAGGCUGUGCCCAAUUUUUCAAGUCUCUAACGUGACGGGAGAAAAUUUGGAUCUGCUAAAAACGUUCCUAAACUUGUUGACCACUAGGAUGGAGUACGACGAGAACGAACCAGCUGAAUUUCAAAUUGACGACACGUACUCAGUUCCGGGAGUUGGUACAGUUGUAUCAGGUACCACUUUAAAGGGUGUGAUUCGUCUAAAUGACACUCUGAUGUUGGGCCCAGAUCCUCUGGGACAUUUCCAACCAAUUGCCGUCAAAAGCAUCCACAGGAAACGCAUGGCAGUGCGUGAGGUACGUGCGGGACAAACAGCCAGCUUCGCAUUGAAGAAGAUCAAGCGCUCUCACAUCCGAAAGGGAAUGGUCAUGGUGUCGCCGGCCUUAAAUCCACAAGCUUGUUGGGAGUUUGAAGGGGAGAUACUGGUACUGCACCAUCCAACCACCAUCAGCUCUAGAUAUCAAGCUAUGGUGCAUUGCGGAAGCAUCAGGCAGACAGCCAGCAUCUUGUCAAUGUCUAAGGAGUGUCUGCGAACAGGGGACAAAGCCCUGAUCCAUUUCCGCUUCAUAAAACACCCAGAAUACAUGACACCGGGACAGAGGAUGGUGUUCCGCGAGGGUAGGACGAAAGCGGUGGGCAACGUGGUGCGAAUCGUCGCACAGUCCAGCCCCAGCCAUCAGGGCAACAGGGCGAAACAGAACAAACCGCAGAGAUAUGGUGGUCAAGGACAACAGAAGACGCAUCCCAGUGGUGCGGAGAACCAGGACUUGCAGCAGGAGUUUCCGGAGAUAACGGGCUCCUCGACGGGCGAAGGAACCGCGUUCGAAGGUAGCACAGACAAAAGAGAGGGAGGUGGUCAAAAAGGGGGACAGAAAAAGGGCAGGAGCCGGCGAGGAUGUCGGAAGAAGCCGAAUUCUGGGGCGGCGAACGUACAAAAACCGCUGGUCGACGUAGCGAACAUCACGAACAACAUACCGCGGACCGCCGCCAAAGUUUAAAGCAAUGUUGUCCAAUUUUAUUAAUAAAUUAACGUGAUUGAUACAUUGAAAACACUUUUUUUAGAGUUCCUGUUUUAGUAGUUAAUGAAAUUGGAGUUCAGGUUGCUUUUUUUUGUUAAUUGCACUCAGCCAUGCUUUCCGUGUAUCAAUUACGAAACAUGUUUAAAUCAAAUAUCAUUAUAUAAUGUUAUUUAUUUUGCCAUUUUCAAACGUACUUUUUAUAGAUUUUUACAGUACAAAAGAAUAUAUUUUAUUUUUGUGAUUUUAAAGAUGUAGUACAACGGUCUGGUUGUAGUUUUUAAUCGAGUUCAAAAUUUUGUUUUUAAAUGUUUUUUAUUAAUAUAUCUACAAAUUAA